AUGAACCCUCAAAACGAAUUACCGAUUCUCCGUCUACCGUUUCGAGCAAUGGAAGAAGUAUCUAAAGCAUUGCACUCAAUAAUAAACAUGAUUAGCAACCGUAGAAGUAAUACAUUCCCAAUCCUCCGUCUACCGUUUCUAGCAAUUGAAGAAAUCUUCAAAGCGAUGCAUCCAAUCGAAAUAAUUAACUUUUCAAUGAUUUCCAAACGAGCAAAAGCAGUGACAACAAAUAUGACCUUCUAUUCGAAAUAUGCUAUCGGUCUUGGUAUAGGUGAAACAAUGGCAAUAGCAAUUAAAGGAACUAAUGAUCUGGUGUCAUGCAUUUAUCUAAUGACUUCAAAUGAAAAAAUGGAUGGAAUGGUUGAGGAAUAUGAAAAUAAUGGUUUCAUUCAACGGAAAGUAUACAAGUAUUCGAAAGAUCCAGUUGAGGAAUGGAAACAAGUGUGUAAAUAUGUAUUGGAUAUAUUCAAAAGGCAGACGAUCGAUGUUUUAGGAGUGGCUUUAGAUGUAUUCGUAGAUCAAAACGUUUCGAUUAUUGAUUUUUUGAAAACUAAUGUGAAAUCAGUAAACGGAUGCAAUCUGGAUCAGUGGGAAGAAGAAAAUGACGUAGAUGAACACGCCGCUUAUCUUCUAGAAAAUAUCAAAAUUAACAAUGAGUUACGUUCUGAUCUAGACACCAAAAACGUCGAUUUCGAUAUGAAAAUUCCAAAAAACCUGAAAGAAUUACAUAUUAAAAAAGCGGACUGGAUUGGAUAUGAUAAACUGUUGGAGAUAGAUAGUGCCCAAGUAUCUUUUGGAACAAAUCGAAUUUCAAACAAGGAAUUGAAUUCGUUCUUCAAAAAAUGGAUGGCAAUGGAGACUCAUUUGAAUCUGGAAUUAUUGGCAUUUGAAUUCAAAUCACUGGAAGAUCUCAGAUUGUUUGUAUUGCAUGACAUACCGCAUGAAGUGGUGGAUGAAGCAGUCAAACGAACCCUGAUAACUGAUCGUGAUGAAACUGAAGAGAUAAGCGGAGGAGUCGAUAUCAGACGAAUCGAUGGAAGGACGGCAACUUUCUUCGUCCAAUAUGAUGGUUUUUCGAUGAGUGUUCACUGA